AUGAAGGCGGCGGUUAGCGUGGCCGCAAGAACUGCAAGGCAGCGGAGCGUUUUGACUCUCGGCCGGAGGUUCCCAGUCUCGCUUCGAGCGCAGCAGCAGUUGAGGCCAUCGUCUCACCCCCUUGCAACCAGCGUAUCGUUCUCUACUGCGACGGAGUCCACCUCUGCUGGCAAGUCUCGUCGGUACUCGCCGCCGCCGCUGCCAGAGCCAACGUUCAUCGACGUGGACGGCAAGUGCACGAUUGAGUACAUCGACGUCAAGCCUGAGGAUCUCACGGCUACGACGCCCACGCUCGUGCUGAUCCAUGGCGCGCCAGGGACAUAUCGAGACUUCCGCCACCUCAUCCCGCUGCUGAAGGACCGCGGCGUGCGCGUCGUCGGCGUCAAUUUGCCCGGAUUCGCAGGCUCGACGAUUUUGGACACUUCCAACUACUACGAGCACAUCAGCGCAUUCCCCUCCGUCCAGCUCACGUACAAGGCCAUGCAGGGCGUGCUCAAGGACUGCGACAACGUGUUCGUGCUCGGCCACUCGUUCGGCGGCCACGCGGCCGUGCAUUUCACGGGCAUCAACGCGGACGAGCAGCAGAUCGGCAUCAAGGGGCUGGUACUUCUCGCUGGGGCCGGCCACCGGCCGCAUCAUGCGCUGAACCCCCGAUUGAACGAUCUGCUGUGGAAGAUGCUGCGGUCGGGCGUGCCGGUGGUGGAGGGCGUGUCCAAGUGGCUCGUCCGCCAGCUCUACAUCAAAUCGUUCAAGUUCCCGGACAGCAAACUGCCCGACUACUUCACUGCGGGCAUCGUGCGCUGCGCCACGGCCGACUUCCCUCUGUUCGCCCAGCAUUUGGAGAAGAACCGGUCGCUGCCCAGUUUCCUCGCGUGGGCCAAGGACGACGCGCUCAUCGAGGAGGAAAUCUUCCUGGACGUGAGCGCAGUGUGCCACCCCGGGCCGCGUCUGGCCUUCGAGCGCGGCGGCCACAACGUGCAGAAGACCAAAGCCAGCUUCUUGGCCGAUGAGCUUACGGCCUGGAUGACCAACGUGGUGCAGGGCAAGGAGCUGAGCGAAGUGUACUCGACCAACGUGGAAAUCCACCCCUAG